UAAAACAAGCAGAGGAGUGUAGGAUGAUAUUAGCGAACCGGCCGAGGGCGGUUGCUGUGGAAUUACAAUCUCAAAUAACCAGAAGGAAGUUCGUUUCUUCAAUGGAGAAAAAUGCAAACGUGCAAGUCCCCGAAACGAGGGAGUAUUUCCAUUAUAACCACACUGAUUCUUGCAAGUUCUCCAGAUGGAAUUCUAGGGAGUCUUAUGUGUUCAUGUAUGCCAGACCAUGGCAAAAAGUUGUCCACUUCUACUCGAAUCUUGUCAACGGUCAUACUACAUUGCUUCAAUCGUUAGGAACCAAGACACAUCAAAUUCCUGAUGAUGCUAGUAUAGAGCCUUGUGAAUCUGAAGUUGUUAUUACUCCUGAAAAACGAGCUGGAAGAUGGGCACGAGCAAAUUUUAAGAUAGUCCUGUCAUAUCAUGGGGGAUCCUUUGAUGGAUGGCAGAAGCAACCGGGCUUGAAUACUGUUCAAGCGGUGAUUGAAAAGUCUCUUGGGAAGUUUGUUGAUGAAAAGAAAGCUGCAGUACUGAGGGAUAAAGAUUUACCACUCGAAGGCACUGUUGUAGUUGCUGGACGAACUGACAAAGGGGUGACGGGUUUCCAUCAAGUCUGCUCUUUCUAUACAUGGAGAGAGGAUGUAAGAACUCAAGAUAUUGAAGAUGCCAUUAACAGCACAAUACCAGGAAAGCUAAGGGUCAUAUCUGUUUCUCAGGUAUCACGCUCAUUCCAUUCUAACUUCUCUGCAAAAUGGAGGCGCUAUUUGUAUAUCUUCCCUUUGAAUGAUGGGGAGACGGAGAAAGAAAGCAGGCAGAGUGAGGAAGAUACCACAUUAUGUUUUCAUGAAAAAAUUGGUGACCAAGAAAAUAAUAAAGAUGAUUUUGUUGGUGAGGGAAGUUUAGAAUCUGCAGUUGAUGAUAAAGAUGAUCUGGGAAGUAUAAAAAAACCAACCAGGUUCAGAGUUAGCAAGGUUAACAAGCUUCUUCAACAACUAGAAGGGAAAUUGUUAUCUUACAAGAUAUUUGCUCGUGAUACAAAACCCUCAAGAAACAUUGGUCCACCAACCGAGUGUUUUAUCUUCCAUGCCCGAGCCACACAAGUAUCUUUAACCAUUGAUAAGGAGAAAGGAGAAUCUAUCGAGGCAAUGUGCAUCGAAUUGGUUGCUAAUAGCUUCUUACGCAAGAUGGUUCGUGUUCUUGUGGCAACAUCAAUAAGGGAAGCAGCUGCUGGUGCUGAAGAUGAUGCCUUGAUAAAGCUGAUGGAUGCCACAUGCAGACGCGCCACGGCUCCACCAGCACCCCCUCAUGGUCUUUGUCUUGUUAAUGUGGGGUACGAAGAGUUUGAUUCACGAACUUGCUUAAUCUUAUAAGCGUCAACUUUGAAGAUGAAACAUGUUCGAUAUCCUUGGGCAUUCAAACUUCAUUGCUGGUGAUAAUCUUUUCUCUCUUUUACCUGAAUAGUCAAAGGAUUCUAUUGAACGCACCCAAGAUUGAAAUCACUAAAGUAUUCAGUUCUGCUUACAUCCUACCUCCAAACCUUAUUUUUAAGCAGGAUAUGUUCGGUUUUGUUUUUGGUUCAGUUUGUAAGAUUUGCAUCAAGUCAUAUGCUUCGGACACGACAUCUUGUACCUAGGUAAUCAUUCAGGUUUUAUAAAUUAAUAUCCUAAUAUGGAUAAUACCAAAAAAAAAAAAAAAACAGUUAGUUAAUGAGGGGAAUGUAUAAAAUCAAAAUUCUUUUA